AUGGCCGAAACCGAGCCUCCGAACCCGCUCCGCGAGUUCAUGAAUGAUGGACCCCUCCGGUCCAAUCCCACCACGGAGCUGCCGCCUCGCAAGAAGCAGCGCAUAGUGCGCACUGAUCAGGAGGCCUUCAAAGACCGACUGCUGCGGGUAGCUUGGCGCGCGAGGAAUUUCACCUACAAGUACGACAAGAUUACCUCGGAGCAGAUACGCCUGAUUAUUCUCAACCCCGCUGAGGAUUCUGGGGAGUCGAUCAGGGUAGAAAUGGUGACGGUCCCCGUGGCCAGCCUAGACAUAUACAAGUACGAGGCGCUUUCAUAUCACUGGGGCGAGCUUAUCGCCGAACGGCCCGUCUUCAUAAGCUCCCAGCAUGAACAGAGCAAGGUCGGUCGGGGGCACGCGCCCGAGGCCGUGCGAUUGAGUCGCUUGCAGUUAUACGUCCACGAUAACCUAUACAGAGCCCUGAAGAAUCUCAGGCUGCGGGAUCGUAAGGUACUACUGUGGGCUGAUGCGCUAUGUAUCAACCAAGAAGAUACGAAGGAAAAAGAGGCACAAGUCGCCCUGAUGGCGAAGAUAUACUCCAAGGCUCAUAGAGUUUGCGUAUGGCUAGGUGAUCGGGAUAGGCACUCGGACCAGGCCAUGGGUUUCAUUUCACGAGUUGUCAAAGCCCACGACCUGGAUGAGCUCAUCGUUGACCAUGAGGCCGAGAACUGGAACGAUCUCUUGUUCCUGAUGAUGCGCAGCUGGUUUUCUCGAAGGUGGGUGAUACAAGAGCUCGGUCUGGCGAGAGAUGCGACAGUUCAUUGCGGCACCAUGACGGUGCACUGGAUGGAUUUCGUAGAUGCCAUCAGUCUCUUCAACCUCAAUUUCGGCAACAUACGACGCCUUCGUGGGUUUGGGGACUCUUCUUCUGAGAGCCAGGACCGCACCCUGUCUUUAACCUCGUUGGGCGCAACCAUACUGGUGGAACAGCUUAGCAACAUCUUCCCUAGGAAGGCCGAUGGAACGCUUCUGGAACCAACGAAAAGCCUCGAAUACUUGGUCUCAACAUUGACCGCUUUCCAGACGUCUGAUCCACGAGACACAAUAUAUGCCUUCUUGAGUCUUGCCGCGGAAACUUCCAGAGUAUCUGCUUCGCAGCAGGCACGGGUAGUGAGCAUAGAGCCCAAAUAUGACAGAGAUCUACUUGAGGUCUACGUCCACUAUACCAGCUGGGUAAUCAGUAACAGCAAGUCGCUAGAUAUCAUAUGCAGGAGAUGGGCUCUCCCCGAAAGACAAAAGGCCACAGUAGGAUACUACAGGCUAACCACACUUCCUUCAUGGAUCAAAACGAUACCCCAAACACAGUAUGAUAGACGGUUCGACGAGAUCGACGAUACGGAUGUAAAAGAUGAGAACUUGUUCGUUGGUACGCCUGGGAGCAGGCGAUACAACGCUUCUUUUAAUCUCCACCCAGAAGUCCGUUUUGGAAUGGAGGUCGCGUUGACACGCGGGUCAUCGGACGAGAGCACCAACAGCGCGUCAGCACCCAUCACUCCUAACUUCAACCUCAAGACCUUAAGGCGUCUCGAUCAGCAGACGUCGGAUGCGAGACUCUCCAUGUUUCUCGAUGAUAUGCACCCAAGAGAUCGAUCCUUGUAUGUCAAAGGCUACGUGCUGGGCACCGUGGUCUGGAACACCCAGCCUAUUGAGGACGGUAUUAUCCCUGGCGUCGCACUGCAGAAGUUCGGUUGGUCCGAGGACCCCUUUGCCGAGGGCGAAUACAGCAACGUUCCCGACCCUCUGUGGCGAACCCUCGUCGCCGACCGUGGCCCGGAUGGCAACCCCCCGCCAAGUCUGUAUCACCGAGCCUGCCUCAGGUGUCUCGUCCAUCAUGCGGUAAAUGGCCACAUAAACACGCGGGUCAUCCUGGAGAGACGGCCCCCCGCGAUUGUCAAGGAGUACGUCCAGCGCGUGCAGGCCGUGACUCGGAACCGGGUCCUCUUCGAGGGGAAAGCCGCGCGGGACCGCGAUGAGACCAUCGGCAUCGGCCCGCCCCAGACGGCCAGGGGGGACGUGAUAUGCAUUCUGUUCGGCUGCAGCGUGCCCUGCGUCCUGCGCCAGAAGAAACUGGCAGCCGACGAUCCGGCGCUAAUACCGGGCACUCGGCCGGAGUACUAUGAAUUCGUGGGCGAGGCGUUUGUCUAUGGCAAGAUGGACGGGCAGGCUAUCACAGGGCUUACUGUUGAGGAGCUGGAGCGCAGAACGCAGGAGUUUCGCUUGCUGUGA